UCAAGCCCUAUGCUUUCACACUCGUAAGUCGUAACCUGUAAACCCUAAACCCUCCACUCUCCCCUUUCGGGCCGAUAAUUUGGGUCCCAUUCGCCGUCCUCUACCUCCCUGAAACUCCAUUUUCCAUCUUCACGCAGCGUUGCUCGUCAAAUUCCGGCAGUCCUAUCUCAGCAAGGAGAACUAUGAAUUUCAAGAACGUUAAGGUUCCUAAGGUUCCAGGAGGUGGUGCAGCUUCUGCCUUGAUUAAGGUGGGAAUCAUUGGUGGGCUUGGCUUGUAUGGAGUUGCCAACAGUCUAUACAACGUCGAGGGAGGGCAUCGAGCCAUUGUUUUCAACCGUAUCAUUGGUGUCAAAGACAAGGUUUAUCCGGAGGGGACACACCUUAUCAUCCCAUGGUUUGAGAGGCCGGUUAUUUAUGAUGUUCGUGCCCGACCUCAUCUGGUGGAGAGCACUUCUGGCAGCCGUGAUCUCCAAAUGGUGAAAAUCGGGCUUAGAGUUCUUACUCGUCCAAUAUCAGACCAGCUGCCUACAGUAUAUCGAACUCUUGGUGAGAAUUAUAAUGAGAGAGUCCUUCCUUCCAUCGUUCAUGAAACUUUGAAGGCUGUUGUUGCACAGUAUAAUGCCAGCCAGCUCAUUACUCAGAGAGAGGCUGUUAGUAGGGAAAUAAGGAAGAUCUUGACUGAAAGGGCUACCAAUUUCAACAUUGCUCUGGAUGAUGUGUCAAUUACCAGCCUUACUUUUGGGAGGGAGUUCACAGCUGCAAUUGAGGCCAAACAGGUGGCUGCACAAGAAGCUGAGAGAGCUAAGUUUGUUGUGGAAAAGGCUGAGCAGGACAAGAGAAGUGCUAUCAUCAGAGCACAGGGUGAGGCCACAAGUGCCAAGCUGAUUGGUGAAGCUAUUGCGAACAACCCGGCAUUCAUCACACUGAGGAAGAUUGAAGCUGCUAGAGAAAUAGCACAUACCAUGGCAAAUUCAUCAAACAAAGUUUACUUGAGUUCCGAUGAUCUGCUGCUGAACCUUCAGGACUUGAACUUGGACGUGAGCAAGAAGAAAUAGACUGCAGGUUGAACAUGUAAUCAUUUCAUUUUCAGGUCGAUAAAUUGUGGAAAUAUUUGCUUUAAAAGUUGACCACUGGGGACCUUAAUGGUUCUGUUUUUUGUUAAACGCCAGUUGGCAUGGCAAGUCGUGUCUGAUGACAUCUAAUUCUGGCCACUGGAUGAAACUUUUAAGAUGCAAUCACGGUUAAGGGAUAUAUCAUCUCUUGUUUGUCA